AUGGUCAUGGCGGCCCUCACGGCCAUCAUCGUCCCAACGCAGCUGCCAGAGAGGAAGCCGUUUGCUGCUCAGGCAGCUGCUCGCCCAGCCCCCGGUGCUGAGCCGAGCCCGGAGGACCUGGACGAUGGGAAGCGACAGACGAUGGUUUGGCACCAACUUGGCUAUUCUUUGGAGCGGCCCUUUACGCUGGCGGCGGUGGAAGUGUCGACCCUGAUGAUGCUGGAGGUAUUCUACGGCUGGGAUCCAUACGUCAGCGGCAUUUGUUUUACUGCUAUCUGCUCCCUGGGCAUCGCCGUGGCCCUGGCGGCGCUUCUCCUCGUACAGGCCGGCUCCAUCAAGGAGUCCUCGCUGUUCUUUGUUGCUGCCUGCUCCGCCAUCGUGGGCUGCAGCUUUCUCUUCGACGAAGGCCAUGCAAAGGCCUGGACACUUCUGCUGGCCGAGGCCAUUCUCUACACAG